AUACUUACUACAUUACAGUACAGAGAGUCAUACAUACACCAUGUGCGUACCGCUGCUGCUUCAAUAGCUAACUAGGUACCUAAGCUCAAUACGUACGGAGUUAAGUUAGGUUGUGGUCCCACAACAUGAGAAUUUAACGUCUAUUUAUAGUUACUAGGUAUGUUGAAUUACCAGGAAAAUGUUGUGUAAAUAGGCUGUGAAUGCAUCAAUAAUUUAAUGAAGUGGACUACUUAGUUCAUAGCAGAUAUCCUGUCGAGCUGGCAUGUGGAUGCAGCCGCCGCGCAUGGCCGGGCGCCGGGGGCUCGCGCUGGCGGCGGCCUGGCUGGCCCUCUGCCUCGUCUACUACAUCAGAGCAGCCCCCGGCCCCGCCGCCCCGCCCACCCCCGCCGUGGAGGAACUCAUUACUAAUGAAACCAAGAAUCCUCACUUUCUCUCCCUUUCAGUACUGGACAACUACCUCAUUUACACAGAGGGGUGUAAGAUACCGAAUUACGCCAGAACAUUCCAUUACGAGACCACCACGGCGACCACGUUCUGUCCCAAGCGGGCAGUGUUUGUGUCGAAGACUGUGGGGAUCAGGGACCAGGUGGUGUUUGUGAUAGACGGCGCGGCGAUGGCGGCGUACAGCGGCGGCGGGGGCCACCGCUGCUGCUACCAGCACGUGUGGAGGUCCACGGACCGCGGCCAUGAAGACACCCGCGUCGUGUUUUCCAAAGAAUGUAUUGAAUUCCAAAACGGCACAACGACGAACUUAGAUCAUGAAAUUAUAUCGGUGACGUGUUCCUCCAAGAAAAACGCAAAGAAAGUAAUUUACGAUGACAUUUACAUGUUGGUUAAGAAAGCGAAUGCAAGCUCGAUGCCAGGUCGAGGGAAGAAGAAGUGGAACGUGUUGGUGCUGGGCAUGGACACGAUGUCGCGCGCGCGCCUGCGGGACGCCCUGCCGCGCGCCGCCGCCCGCCUGCGCGCCUGGCUCGACUACCGCGCCUACCACAAGGUCGGCUACAACACCUACCCCAACCUAAUGGCGUUCCUGACUGGAGUGAACCAGUCCGACAUUUACAAGAAAGCCACCAGAAGCAAGUUCAUCUGGGACGAAUUUGCCAAGUUCGGAUACAGCACGGCGUACGGGGAGGACGACCUGGCCUGCCCCGACACAUUCUACAACUACGGGGGCUUCCCCGCGCCGCCCGCGCGCCACUACAUGCGCCCGCUGUUCGUGGCGGGCGAGGCGCGGCGCGGCGCCCUGCUGGCCUGCACGCGCCGCCGCCCCUCCGCCGAGCACCUCCUCGACUACGCCCUCGACUUCGCCACCACCUACAAAGACGACGGGUUUUUCGGCCUCUUCUGGAUGAACUCGUACAGCCACGACCCUCUAGCGCCGACGGGCCAGAUCGACGGCCCUAUGGCAGCGUUUUUCGACAAGUUGAACAGCUCCGGGGUUUUGGAGAACACGUUCGUGUUCUUCCUGAGCGACCACGGCGUGCGCUACGGGGAGCAGCGGGUCCGCGCCGAGGCGUACUACGACGAGCGCCUGCCCAUGCUGCACGCGUGGGUGCCGCGCGCGCUGCCCGCCGCGCGCCGCGCCGCCGCCGCCAACACGCAGCGCCUCGUGUCGCCCUACGACCUGCACGCUACCUUCACGCACGUGCUGCGCCUGUCCGGGGCGGCGGGCGCGGGGGGCGCGGGGGGGCCGGCCGGCUGCCCGCGCUGCGCCUCGCUGCUGCUGCCGCACUCGGCCGCGCGCACCUGCGCCGACGCCGGCGUGGACCGCAAGUGGUGCGGCUGCCACGAGCUGCGCCUCGCGUCCAACCACUCGGAGCCGGCGACCGCGCGGCGCAUCGCCACGCUGGCCGCCGCCGUGGUGCGCAAGGUGGCGGGCAUCCCCACGCGGCGCUGCUCGCGCUGUUCGGCGGUGCGGCUGCGCCGGGUGCUGCGCGUGCACUGGUACGAGCUGGGCGCCGAGCGGCUCGCCGUGGUGGCGCUGGUGGUGGCCCCCACGGGCGCCCACUACGAGGGCGUGGUGGGCGCGGCCGGCGUGGUGGGCGGCAUCGACCUCAUCUCGGGCUGGAACUCCAAGGGAUACUGUGCCAAGAAGUUUUACGACCGCGGACAGUGCAACUGCGUCAGCGUGAAAAAUUGUAAAUGAAUAUGUUUUGUUGCCCAACCAAACCAACCGAAGUGCCUAAUAAGUUACCUACAUAGAGUGUUACCUGCAUUGACUUAUGAAAUAUAAUGUUACCUACUAUUAACUAUUUAAGUAUAAUUUAAGAUUUCGAUAAGAUUUUUGUAACUAUUAGGUAUAACGCGUUCUUAUUUGUUCUGAGAUAUAGAUCCUCCCAUAUUUCCUUAUUUCAAGAAGAAUUUUAGGUCUGUGUAUAUUUGUGUGGAUUGGGAUGUUGCUGGGAUGUCAAUUUGUCAUUCAAAUGCACAAAAUAACAGCUGCUUCUCAUAGAUUUUUUAUUACUUUCUAUAUUUUAUAUAAGAUUACCAACUUAUUUAUACCCUCCACUACGUACAGUGGUUUAUAAUUUUUUACAUAAAAUGUACCGAAGCAUU